UUGGAUAUCCAUUCGAAAUCUGUCAAAAGAUCUUUUUAUUACUUUAGUGUAUUUUAAAUAAUUAGUACAAAAAAUAUGGAUAAAGAAUACUUGCAACUGGAAGAGUACAAGGAGAAGCUUAAUCAAGUGGAGUUGGCACUUUCAGUAACACCUCCAGGAGAAGAUAAGGAUAAUUUACUACAAUUACAAAUAGAUCUUAAACAAUUAUUAGAAUUAACUCAGGAAUCUUUAAAACAAUCCACAUCAAGUCAAGAUAAUAAUCUUGAAGAUGAAUAUUCACUGUUUAUGGCUGAGAUGGCCAAGGAAGGAGCAGUGGAAAACAAUGCUAAAAUUGAUGAAGACUUGAAGAGUUUAGAAGGUAUGAAAUGCAGAGCACCUUAUAAAAAUGAUUGGGGUGAUGUAACCUAUCACAAUGCAUUAGUCUGUACUGUGAUCCCAAGUGAACAAAUCGAUUACAAUGAGAUUAAAGUAAAGGUCAUGUACACAAAUCCUACACACAAUAAACUAUUACCAUGUCAUUAUUUUCUUGAAUCAGAGUGCAAAUUCUCUGAAGAUAAGUGUAGAUUUUCACAUGGCGAAAUUGUUGCAUUUGCUGAUCUUCAGGAAUAUUUAGAGCCUAAUUAUGAAGAUUUGAGUGUAGGAAGUUUUGUGUUAUCCAAACAACAGGAUAGACUUUGGCAUAGAGGCACUGUGAUGCAAGUACUUCCAGAAAAGUGCUUGGUAAGAUUAGAUACUAAUAAGAAAGAUAUUCAGGUGAAACUUGAAGAUGUUUUUCCACUGAAUGAGAGUGCUGAAGCUGUGGAAUCUGAUUCAGAGAUGGACCAAAGUGGUAUUGAGGAUGUUAUCAAUAUGAGUUUAUUGAAUCCUGUUUGUGAGAAGCUUGGGGAUUGGGAAAAAUAUACAAAGGGUGUAGGUUCAAAGCUGAUGCAGAAAAUGGGAUAUGUGAUUGGGACAGGUCUUGGUAGAAGGAGUGAAGGAAGAAUAGAACCAGUGAGUGCAGUUGUUUUACCACCUGGAAAAUCAUUAGAUCAUUGUAUGGAAUUAAGGGAAAAAGCUGGAGGUGACAAGAACUUAUUCAAUUUGGAAAAGAAAUUGAAAAGAUUACAAAGGAAGCAGGAAAUGAAAAAUCGUAAGAACUAUGAAAAGCAGAGCAAGAAAGUUGACGUUUUUAACUUCUUAAAUGAAACUAUAUAUAAAAGCAAUAGAGUUGGUGAUAAUGAGCAACCAUUGAAGAAAAGUGAUCAUAGGAAGAGCAUAAGUAAGGAGACAUGUAGAAAUUUGAACGUUGAAUGUUUUAAAAUUGAUGAGCGGAUGAAGGAGCUUGAGCGUGAGUUGAUUAGUAUUCGUCAAGGUUUGACGAGACACACCGAUGUUAAUUCACCUAUACAUAAACAACUUAAAGCCAAAUUAACCGAAAGACAAAGAGAAAUAGUGAGUCUGGAAAUGAAAGUAUCUAAUAUUAAGAAUGAGCAGAGUUUAAGGAACACCAAAAAGAAAUUGGUAGUGUUUUAAUAAAAGAAAACUACGAAUUCAGACUUUUUGUUUGUAAUUUUAUUUCUCUAUAUUAAAACACAGAGAAAACAAUACAUAAUAUCUAUGUA